AUGUCUUUCACCCAUAAAGAACCCGAAGUUCUGCCAGGAAACACCGCGCCACAAGUACCUCAGCAAGAUCGCACGUCCCAGAGUCUUUCCCAGCGUGUCUCCCAGCCUGAGAACUCCGAGAAUAAGGACUAUGCAGUGAAUUCAGGGAGUGCCGAGAACCAAGAGAAUCCUGAGAAGACCGUGGACCAAGGCCGUCGCGGCACUGCUGCGAUCAUGGAGGACCACCACGUCAGCAAAGAAGCACUGAAGGGUCCUCAAGGUCAACCGCCGCACACGGCAGAAGAAUUCAAGAAUGAAAGGGAGACUGGCAAAGCCGCCGACGGAUCGUACUCUGGUGAUUCGACUGAAGCUAAGGGCAAGCAAGGUACCAUGGAGAAGAUAAAGGAGAGGCUUGCGCACCCGUUACAUGGCAAGAAAUCU